CGAUUCGGAGAUUGCUCCUCACUUCUGCAACUUCUGUUAAUAGGGUUAACAGCGAACGCAUUGCAAUUCAGGAAAGAUUUGUUAAUUUUUGAACUCUUAUAAUUAAACUACUUUGAUUUGGAACGAGGAAGGCAACAAUACACAGCCAAUAAUCGUCGUCAUAUCUUAGAUCAAUUAAACUAGCGUAUGGCUAAAAGCAAGAGCCAUAUAUAAUCGUUCGUUUAUAAUAAUUUUAAAUUAAAUAAUUUUGUUUUGGCAAAAUGGAUAUCGGGGAACUAUUAUCUUAUAAACCUCCAAAUACACCAAAACGACCAGCAGUGGGAGAAGAAGAUGAUGAUGAUGAAUGGGAAAGUGUAAAAAAGCCAAAAAAAGUAAUAAAAACACCGUAUCAUCCACGUCAGCGACAACCUAAGGAACUUGAGGUAGUACCAUCCAGAGAAAAUGAACCAACUGUAUCUAUGAAAGUAGUUUUACCUGCUACGACUCAUGAUGUGGUAGAACCGCAAUUGACAGAAAAGGAAAAGCAAGAUAUAUUAAAAUAUGUAGAAAGUGAAGCUGCUGAAGUAGAAUCAUUGGAUGAAGGAACGCUUAAACGUACGAUUCUUUUAUUUGAAAAAAGAGCUCUUAGAAAUCAAGAAAUGAGAGUUAAAUUUCCAGAUCAGCCAGAAAAAUUUAUGGAGUCUGAGGUUGAGUUGCAUGAAAUUUUACAGGAACUUCAUAUUAUAGCGACCAGUCCAGAUCUGUAUCAAUUAAUGGUAGAGUUGGGUGCUGUGCCUUCCUUACUUGAAUUGUUGUCUCAUGAAAAUACUGACAUAGCUGUUGGUGUGGUGGAUCUUUUACAAGAAUUGACUGACGUGGAUAUAUUACAUGAAAGUCAAGAAGGUGCAGAUACGCUUAUUGAUGCUUUAUUGGAGCAACAAGUUUGUGCACUUUUAGUACAAAAUCUUGAUAGAUUGGAUGAAACGAUCAAAGAGGAAAGCGACGGUGUUUAUAACACUCUUGCUAUCUUCGAAAAUCUUCUCGAGUUCAGACCAGACUUGUGCGCAGAUGCAGGGAAGCAAGGUUUAAUGCAAUGGUUAUUGCGACGAAUCAAGACAAAAGCACCUUUCGACGCGAACAAACUUUAUGCUAGUGAGCUCCUGUCUAUACUUUUGCAGCAUACACCUGAAAACAGGCUUCUUUUAGGCGACUUGGAUGGAAUAGAUGUUUUACUACAACAAUUAGCUUAUUACAAGAGACAUGAUCCACAGACUGCUGAGGAACAGGAAAUGAUGGAAAAUUUAUUUAACGUUUUAUGCUCGAGCUUAAUGGCUACUGUAAAUCGUGACAGAUUUUUACGUGGUGAAGGUCUUCAACUCAUGAAUUUAAUGUUACGAGAGAAAAAAAUGUCACGAAAUGGAUCUCUCAAAGUGUUAGAUCACGCUAUGAAUGGUCCGGAUGGGAAAGAUAAUUGCGGCAAAUUUGUAGACAUUCUAGGACUGCGAACUAUAUUUCCUCUAUUUAUGAAAACUCCCACAAAAAAUAGGAAAAAAAUACUUACUGCAGAUGAGCACGAAGAACACGUAGUUUCAAUAAUAGCAAGUAUGUUACGAAAUUGCAAAGGCCAACAGCGUCAAAGACUACUUAGCAAAUUUACAGAGAAUGAUUACGAAAAAGUGGAUCGUUUAAUGGAAUUACAUUUUAAAUAUCUUGAAAAAGUGGAAGAAGUGGAAAAAAAUGGAAAGGAAGAUGAAGACGAAGAGGAAUCCUAUUUAAAAAGAUUAAACGGAGGAUUAUUUAUACUACAAUUAGUAGAUUACAUUCUUUUAGAGGCUUGUACUGGAUGUUUGCCUGCAGUGAAACAGCGAGUUAUGAGAAUUCUGGCACAGAGAAGAGCAUCCCUCAAAACAAUUCGGCACAUUAUGAGGGAGUAUGCAGGUAAUUUAGGAGACGCUGGUGAUACAGAAUGGAAGAAAGCAGAGCAACAACAUAUCUUGCAAUUAAUCGACAAAUUUUGAUACGUAUUUUUUACAUUAAUAAUUGAUAUCAAAACUUAUGGUAAGA